UAAUUCGUCUUCUCGCAUUAAAACUGUAUAAUUUCAAAAAUUGCAAAUUUUUAUUUUUUAUUGCUUGGUUGGGUGGACCAGCUCACAGCCUACCUGGUGUUAAGUGGUCACUGGAGCCCAUAUACAUCUACAACGUAAAUGCGCCACCCACCUUGAGAUAUUGAGUUCUAAGAUCUAAGUAUAGUUACAACGGCUGCCCCGCCCUUCAAACCGAAACGCAUUACUGCUUCACGGCAGAAAUAGGCAGGGUGGUGGUACCUACCCGUGCGGACUCACAAGAGGUCCUACCACCGGUAAUGUAAUUAUUUUUUUAUAGCUUAUAUUAUCGUCUUCUCUCAUUAAAACUGUAUAAUCUCAAAACUUAAUAAUUUCACAUGAGAGUUUUUUUUAACGGUUUAAAACAUGUGAUAUCUUUAAUAUUAAUCAUCUUUGUGACAUUUCUUUUUUAUUUUGUACCAGUUACAUUAUCUGUAUUUUAAAGUAAGAUAAAAUUAUGUAUUAAUUUUGUUAAUGGUGAUACCAAAUGAUUCCGCAUAUUAACUCAAUUUCGAAUAUUUUUGGAAAUUUUACACUAUUAAUGCGAAAAGACGAUAUGGGUGGACGCGCUCACAGCCCACCUGGUGUUAAGUGGUUACUGGAGCCCAUAGACGUGUACAACGUAAAUGCGCUACCCACCUUGAGAUAUAAGUUCUAAGGUCUCAGUAUAGUUACAACGGCUGCCCCGCCCUUCAAACCGAAACGAAUUACUGCUUCACGGCAGAAUUAAGCAGGGUGGUGGUACCUACCCGUGCGGACUCACAAGAGGUCCUACUACCAGUACCUAAUUACGCAAAUUAUAAUUUUGCGGGUUUUAUUUCAACUAAUUAAUACGCUUUUAGCUCUUCCAGUAUCUAUAUAUCGAGGAGUGACAUGCUAUUUGGCUUAAGUUACACUUUUGUUACUAGAAGAAACAUUAAAGUUUAAAAUUUGGAAAAAAUAUCAUAACAAAAAUAGGGGAAGGCCGGGCAAAGUGAAUACCCCGGGCAAAGCGAAUACUCCCCACUACUCCUAAAUUAUUAGUUUUUCAUUCAACACGCCACCACUGUUACGUUCGGCCAUCUUUGUUUAGUACGCGGCAAACAUCGAAGUGAGGGGCCGCGUCGCGUCCCGUCCGCCGAGUGGAGAUUUGUGUUUUCGUAAAUAAAAGAUUGAUUUUAUGCGAUGGUGAAUAAAUAUAAAAAAAAAACUAAGCAAGGGACGUGGGAUGAAAAUGCUAUGCAAACGGCUAUUAAUUUGUGCAAAGCUGGAGAAUCAAUAAAAAGCACAGCUAAAAAGUAUGGUUUGGCUUAUGCAACCUUGUAUAGGCAUGUAAAAACCGGCACCGUUGCUUCAAAGCUUGGUCGAUUCCGUCCGGUUUUCACUGAAGAUCAGGAAAUAGAGUUGGUGACAUAUCUCAAAGAUAUGGAUUCUGUAUUUUUUGGCUUGACUCGAGAUGAAUUCAAAAAUUUAGCGUUCAUCUACGCCAAGAAAAAUAAUUUGAACUACCCGAAUAACUGGGACAAGUACGAAAAAGCUGGAGAUGAUUGGCUAUCGUCAUUUUUGUCUCGUCACAAUCAAAUAUCCCUCAGGACUCCAGAGGCAACAUCGGUUGCAAGGGCAAAAGGAUUUAAUAGACAUGAAGUUGGCCGUUUUUAUGAAAACCUUGAAGCUUUAACAGUAAAAUAUGAUAUUGAUGCAUCUAGAUUAUACAACAUGGAUGAAACUGGUAUAUCUACAACCACAAAUAAGCCGCCUAAAGUGCUAUCAACGAAAGGAAAGAAACAAGUGGGCAUCAUCGCCAGUGCAGAACGUGGUCAAUUAACUACUGUCAUAGGUUGUUGUAAUGCCGCUGGUUCAUUCCUCCCACCAUUCUUAAUUUUCGCCAGAAAAAAGAUGCAACCCAGACUACUUGAUGGUGCGCCUCCCGGCACUCAAGGAACCUGUACUCCAAAUGGUUGGACUUCAGGUGAGGUAUUCCUUGAUUGGAUGCAUUUUUUUGUGGAACAUGUUCGACCUACCCCUGAGAAAAAAAUACUUCUAUUAUUGGAUAACCACGAGAGCCAUAAGUAUUACCCAGCUUUAGAUUACGCCAGCAAGAACAAUGUCGUAAUUUUAUCCUUGGCCCCACACACAACUCAUAAAAUGCAGCCCAUGGAUGUAGCGGUAUACGGCCCACUAAAAACUUACUUUGAAAGGGAGAUAAAUUUCUUCCAAAAAUCGCACCCAGGACGCAUUAUAAAUCAAUACGAUGUAGCCAGACUGCUAUCACCAGCUUUUCUGAAAAGUGCAGUAGCUCAAAAUGCAGUUCAUGGAUUUGAAAGACCUGGUAUUUGGCCAGUGAACAAAUAUGCUUUUGGUGACGAAGAUUAUGAGCCAGCCGCUGUUUUUGCAGGCAUGUCUAAUAUGAAUAUUGGCACAAAAAGUACAAACUCACUAGAAACGAUAGAUAUUCCCAGACCUUCUGUAGACACUUCUUCAACUCCUUCGCCUUCGCUUCUUCAAGAACAGAUUCCAUCAAGUUCAGUAGAUCCUCUAUCAGAAAUAUUUCCAUCUCGAAACAGAACUUCCUCUUGUGAGUUUCAAGACUUUGUUGCGCCCAUUGUUAACACGCGUGAAAAGUUUCGUAGCGACGGGUGUACACCUGAACCAGAACCUGGAUGUUCCCGAAUUGUUUCCGCUUUAGAGCCAGAUAUAGCUGCUCAGAGAGGUGACACAGUGGUGCCAGAUAUUGAAGUAAAUACUCGGCAAAAUACUAGCUGUGACAACACAUCUGAUCCUAAACCGGAAUGCUCAGCCUCCCAUUGCAGUCCCUUGGUGUUAAGACCUAUUCCAAAUCCUGCCAAACCAAUGACCACGCGAAAACGGAAAUUACAAAAAUCGGAAAUAUUAACCAGUACCCCGAUCAAAGAAGAUCAAAAGCAUAAAUAUGAGAAAAAUAAAGUUAAGAAUAUUAAUAAAAGACUGAAUGAUAAGUCAAAAAAUGUUCCUAAGAAGAUUAAUACAAAGACUGACAAAGACAAAAAAACUACUAAAAAGGUUAAACAGCCAAAGAAAAUAAAAGAAUUUAAGGAUAUUUUAUGCUUUUUUUGCGGUGAAAUAUAUAUAGAAGAAGACGGUAAACCAAUUGAAAAUUGGAUUCAAUGUGACAUUUGUCAACAAUGGUGUCACGAAGAUUGUUCUGCUUUUGAUGGCGCUCUAGGUUAUACCUGUGACAAUUGCCAAUCUUAAUUUUCUAAUUUUACGGGCAAGUAAAGUUAUUUUUUUAAGUUUAUUAAAGAUAUUUCUGUUUUCAGAGAUUGAAUAUGGGUAUUCACUUUGCCCAAGUACUGUGUUCGCUUUACCCGGGGUACCGGGCAAAGCGAACACUUUCGUACUUUUUAAAAUUUUAAUUGUAGUUGAUUAUUGUUUAAAUAUUAAUGGUAACUGAUGUUCGUAUAUGUAAGAGCAAUAAAUAAAGACUGGUUUGUGAUAAUUAUUUUGUUUUUGUAUUGUAUACCUUUUCUGCUAUAACCUUACAUACCUUAAGGUAUCCACUUUGCCCGGCCUUCCCCUACUUAUUCGGCUAAUUUGAAUGGAGUAAACUUAAUUAAAAGGAAGUUCAAUUAAAUACAUCGAACUUUUGAUGCUGACAUCAAAUAAAACGCGCUUUUAAUUAGAAAGAUAAAUGUCGCGUAUUAAGCGAGAUGUCGCAGGAACUUUUUGGCCAAAGCUUUUUGUUUUAUUUUGUCUAUUUAGUGUUUCUUCAGGUUUAAACGUGUAAUAACGGUGGUUUUAUUAACUGUUUAAUAUCUGUGAAAGUGCACAAAUGUGGGAAAAUCAAACAAAACCGCUGGACGUAACUUCUUGGGAUCCUCCAAAAAGUCCACUGAAAAAGCCUCAUUAAAUGACCAUCAUUUUACUGAUAUUAUAUUUCAUCCCAUAUCAUCUUAUCUCAUUUCAUUUAAUUUCACUCCAUUUUAUCAUUUUUCAUUAAAUUAAAAUAUGACUUAAAGGUCCUAGUUACCGAGUCAUAAAAUCCCUUAAAAAAAACAACAAAACGGAAAUGUCGUUUAAACCAAAUAGUUUUUCACCCCUCUAUAAUAUAUGCAUGUAUAUAUUAUCUGCCUAUUGCUGCCGCCAUUUUUAAUAAUCGAAAUGCCUUACCGGUCCGGGAGUCGCUACAAGAGUUUCGCCCCGUCAACAGCAAAUAUCGACUAAGCGCGUCACCUCGCCGAUAGACCAAGACCUGAUAUUGCGUUCGGAGUCAUCAGCCCACCUCCGCGGAGCCGAGGGGACGCACAUGGAGUCCAAGAAACUCCACUGGAGCGCCGACCAGGACGUGUACUUGAGGUCAAUUAACGGCUCUGUGAUCCUAAGCGGCAAGGAGGGAGUCUAUGUCGACGUCAGAUAUUUGCCGAUAGCAAUGCCUCUGAACAGAACUGAUAAACUUCAGGGGGUAGGUCAGUUCAAGGUAUGCGUCUGCAUGCCCCAAGGGAAGCUUUUCAGGGUAGCAGUGCCGAAUGGCCAGAAGACCCUAUGCUCCCACGUUAAUAUGACAGGGGAUCUGAAUCCGUGCCUGUAAGGGCUUUGAUCGCUGUGGCUAAAUGAAGAUUUCGGGUCAUACAGUAAAAGCUUCUUUACUAGAGAUGAAACGGGUAUACGGUAACUAUACGGUAUCCGGCCAUGUUUUCACUAUCCGGCCGGAUGCCGAUUUACUAUCCGGUAUCCAGCCGGAGUUAUAGUAAAAUUUUAAAAAUAGGUUAUGGACAACGUUUGUUUUUAUAAUCGCACGUCAAAAGUGAUUGUUUUAUUAAUUAGUUUAUUUAUUAAUCAAAAUUAACAAGUGGCAAAUUGUGGUAGAAUGAAUAUCAAAUUGUUGUCGUACCGAGUCGUCGCGGUCUCCGCUCACGUGCGAUAACACCCGAACGCGCACGAAUAUCUCCGAAAGGGCCAAAUAUUCGGCCAAACCACUAUCCUUUUCAUCUCUACUCUUUACAUAGAUAAUACACAUAAAUUAGUUAUAGAUAAGCAAAGUCAAGCACUCGACAAAAAUGUUUACGGGCGUCGGCCACUAGAUGGCUUCGCUUCGAUUAGUUUCUCAUUGCCCCUGUAAAUGGCAGCAACAAAUAACCUAUCCUAUAUUUUGUUUUUAAUGAAGGUGUGUGUAAAUUUUCAAAAACCACAAAUUGUUAAAAUUUAAUUGAUUUGUCUAUAACAAAUAAAGACUUGUAUGAUUUUGUUUUUAUUUUUUUAUUUUCUGUGUUUAGUUGUACAAUAAUUAAAUUCCUUAACUUUAACAACAUAUAAGUUUAGGGGCAUCCGCUACAAGAUGUCGCUAGUUUCCAUACAAAAAAAUAUUUGUCUUAAAGUAUCGCAGUUUCAGAGCCCUGACUGUUUAUUCGUGCGUUAUAUUAAUUAUGUUUUCGUGAAUACGCAGCGGAUAUAGAAAAACAUAUAAAUGUGGAUUUGUAAUUUAUGUAUAUGGGAUCUUAAGGGAUACUUUCCGUACGUGAUAAAAUAAAAACAUACUUUAGGCGUAGUUGUAAUAAGGUCUAUUUUACUGUUACGCUUUUAUUAACUACAGAAGUAUGCUAGUAUUUAACGGAAUCUGUGAACAUGAUUUUGACCCCCUUCAAAACGUCGGAUUAAUUCGAAAUUUGGUAUACUUAUUAAGGACCGAUGACAAUUCAAUAUUUAAAAAAAAAUUGGAAAGCUUGAAAUUCAACUAAAAAAUGAAAAAUAAACAAUAGUUUAAAAAAAACUACCAAAUUUUCUUACACUAUAUUUAAAUUUAUUUAUUUAUUUAUUUAUGUACACACAGAAAACAAGACACAGUACAGAGUAAUAGGAAAAUUAUGUACAAAGGCACUGCUUAUUUCUUUGAGAAAUCUCUUCCAGCAGACCUGCGAGAGGAUAAUGAGAAUAAUAAAUAAAUUCAAAUGUAUGAAAAUUUAUUUUCUAUUUUUAGUUGGAUUUUCUAUAAAAAAAAACGUAUUUUAUUAGUUUUUUUAAACUAUUAUUUAUUAUCAAUGUGUAUAUGGGCGCAAACGCCACUGUUGGCAAUAAUUAACAUAAUAAUAUAUAGUUUAGUUUAUUAUAUGUUAAUAUUUAUUUAUUAUUAGCAACAAAACUGUUGUUCUACCAUAUUUAAUAAUUAGCAGACACUGUUUUGAUGUGAAAAUGUUCAGAAUUGUUUAAUGUUUAUAUUAUUGUUUAAAAACACUAAUAACUGUAUAAAUGAUUAAAUAUGAAUAAAGCAUAAAUAUUAAUAAUAAUUUAUAUUAUAAUUAACAGUACUAAUAAUUUAAUAAAGUAUUGUAAUUGUUAUGCAAUGAUGUUGUUGGCGCCAUCUAUUAUUAGGCUGGAUAAUAACAAUGUUAGUUAAUAUUACUUAAAAGUAAUUCAUGUAAAUUAAAUUAAAUGUGAGUCAUGUAAAAUCACUAAAAUAUGUAUUUUGAAUAUUAAGCUAUGUUUUGUGAAUUGUUUCGCAGUAAUUACAUUUGUUUGUAUAAAAGAAGUUGUAGUUGCUAUAACCAACACAAAAUGGCUAAUUGUGUAAAAACCACUGAAUAACUCAGGCGUAGCUUUUUGUUGUAAACAAGUAAUGUUAAAGUUUUAUAGAAUUGUAUUGUAUUUUCAUUGUAAAAGAACUUAUGUGUGUAAAUCCUGGCUUAACGCCGACAUGUACGUACCGAUGUAUCGAUAAGAUCGGCGUAUAAAGAAAUCUUUAGUCGCGAAUAUUGGAAUUGGAUCGCUUUUAAUCCGUGACUAGUGGAAACGCGUAUAAGGAGCUUUUACUGUAUGCGAGAUCAUUUCGUAUCGUAUGGCCUCAUCCUAAACAACAAAUGUACUACGCUAGAGAAAUUUUGCUGUCUCUUACGUUUGAAUCGGCGUUACCAAAUAAAUAAAAUGUAUGUUGUAGUUAAAA